AUGAACCAAUCCACUGAUUGUUGUACCCAUUGGGAUGGUGUUGCUUGUGAUCAUUCUAAUGGUCGAGUCGUUUCUAUUAUUCGUCCUGGCGUAUUCGAUGGCCCCGACCCUGACGAAUCCCCAUGCUAUGCGGAGAUGCAUGGAACAAUUUCUCCAUCUUUGGGUAAUCUCGAAUUUCUUCUUGUUCUUGACCUUACUAGCCUCAAAUUUCUAACGGGAUCAAUUCCUUUGGAACUUGGAAAAUUGUCGCACGUUACUACUCUUUCGCUGGCUGGCAACCGACUCAACGGGACUAUCCCUGCGUUGUUUAAAAAUCUCCGCAAACUCAAUCAACUAAGCCUAAGUAGCAAUCUUUUAUCUGGUUCAGUUUCUAACUUUAUUUUCCAGGAUAUGUCUUCUCUUACUUAUCUUGGUUUAUAUGAAAAUCAAUUAUCCGGUGAAAUUCCAUCGUCAGUUGUGAAACUAGUUUCGUUGCAACACCUGGAUUUGCAUGGUAACAAUUUUACUGGUAGUAUACCAAGUGAAAUUGGUUCUCUCAAGGAUUUGAUUGAUCUAAACUUUUCGGAAUCAUUCCUAUAUCCACUGGAGAACUAUAAUACACUUACAGGCAGCAUAUCAUCGUCGUCGAUCGGUGGUACAGGCCUUCAAAGGUUAUUCCUUGAGAACAACAUGAUAACAGGAGAAAUACCCGACAGUAUUGGCAAUCUUACAAAUCUUGCAGAAUUGUCAUUGAAAAACAACCGUUUUACAGGUAAGAUCCCUUUGAGUUUCGGCAACCUUAAGAAUGUUUAUGGAAUUGAUCUCUCCAGAAAUGGUUUAUCUGGUCCAAUUCCUUCUGAACUGGCUAAGCUAAAAUACCUGGAAAUCCUUGAUCUCUCAUUCAACCCAUUGAAUCUAGUGAACAUACCAACUUGGUUGUCAGAAAUGAAACACCUUUCGCAAUUAUAUGUAGCUGGAACUGGGCUAGUCGGAGAACUCCCGGAAUGGUUAACUACAAUGGGUUUGAGGUAUCUUGAUGUGUCAAGUAACGCCUUAGCUGGAGAGUUUCCUAGAUGGAUAGGAAACAUGCCAAGUUUGUUUUCCCUCAAUUUAUCUAACAAUAGUUUUCAUUCAGCUAUACCUAUUGAGUUCAAGACAAUUUUAACUGUCAUAGAGCUUGAUCUUCACUGGAACAACUUCACCGGUGGAUUAGACUACAUCUUUGCGAAAAGAAGAGAUGGCGGUAUGGGGCAAUACCGUCAUCUUGAUCUUUCGGAUAAUAUGUUUGCUGGUCCUAUUGAUGAAGAUACUGGAAACCUGGAGGUCAUGCAGUUCAUUAGAAAAUUAGUAUUAUCUAAUAAUCCUUUCGGAGGAUCCAUACCAAAAUCUUUAGGGAAAUUGCGUAGCCUGAUGACUUUAAAGCUUGCAAAUAAUGGGUUAACGGGGACGAUACCAUCUGAGCUAAGCAAUUCCACUUUGUUAGGAUCAAUCGUGCUAUCAAAUAACAACCUUAACGGUGGCAUACCUUCAGGGUUGAUGAACUUGAGAUUGCUUGAAGAAUUAGAUGUGUCACAUAACAUGUUGACAGGGGAAAUUCCUCGUCACAAUGCAACAAUUCCUGCAGCUUCGUUUGAGGGAAACUCUGGCCUGUGUGGCUCCCCACUUCCUCCUUGUAAUACUUCCUAA